GGCAGAGCCACGUCUCGGCCGGAGGAGCCGCAGAAGCCGCCGCAGCUCCAGCCGCCGCAGUCGCCGCCGGGGAUUGCCAACAGGAACUUGGGACAAGUAAUAAAUUAAAUUUAAGUAAACUUUACUGGAGCUCUUAAAACAGAGACUGAAUUUAUAUUGUGAUUGUUCCAGACAAAUAGAAGAGGAAAAAUGUUCCUUUUGCACUAAGUGUCUCUGCAUUUGAAAAUGGUUUAUUCUCCACCAUCAUACUGUCACCAAGUAUUUCUGAUGCAGAAUCUCACCAACUGCUUGGAAAUGCUAAAUGUUUUCCUGAGAGAAGGCAGCAAAGGCCUGUUUGGUUGCAGGCUACUUGUGUUACUUCCUGGGCUCCCAGCUUCUGACUGACACUAGCCAGCAAAUGGAAACCUUACCACUGUGUUUCUGAAUGGCUUUUGACUGUUGCUGAUGGAGGGGGCAUAGCAGGCCUUGUUCUCAGCUCAUUCAUAAACUCCUAUCAGCACCACUCCCGUCUGGGUCACAGCUAUGAUGGACUCUUCCCCAGCUGAGCAAAGUGGCCUGCUAGAAAGCAGAUCUCUCAAUGGCAUCCCCGACCACUCUGCAACACUUCUGAAUCACAUGGGCAAACUGAAUCAGGCUGAUAGUGGUGAAAUUCAUUGUGCCAGUAUUAAUGUUAACCAAGAGUCAAAUGAAGAAGAAAACAUGGAAGCACCCAGCAAAGGGGACGCCUGUCAGAAUGGACCCACAACCCAUUUCUCUGAUCCUCCAAUGUCUCUUGAUCCCACCACCAGACCAUUUGGUCCUGAUCCAUCUCCAGGUGUGGCUGGUUUCCAUGACAACCUAAGGAAGUCUCAGGGAUCUAGUGCUGAGGGCGUAGUUCUUAGAAAAGAAGCUUUGCAGUCUCUCAAACUCAGUCUUCCUAUGCAAGAAACUCAUUUGUGUUCAACUGAAUCUUCACUUCCCUUGGAAAAAGAGGAACAGAUCCGACUUCAGGCUCGAAGACGCCUAGAAGAACAGCUCAAACAGUAUCGAGUGAAAAGGCACCAGGAGAGGUCUAAUCAACCUGUAUCCAAAAACCGACCUACCAGCACGCUGGACCCGGAGCUCAUGUUAAACCCAGAAAUCUUACCAAGAGCCAGCCCAGUAGCGAUGACAAAAGAAUAUUCCUUCCUGCGGACCAGUGUCCCUCGGGGACCUAAAGUAGGCAGUUUAGGACUUCCAGCACAGCCAAAGGAGAAAAAAAGUUCCAAAUCGAGCAAAAUCCGGUCUCUGGCGGAUUAUAGAACUGAAGAUUCAGACUCCGGGAUUUCUACUGGGAACUUUCUGGCUCCUGACUCUGUCAGAGGCUCCCUGCAUCACAGUAGAAGCGGUCUGGCCUCGGUGGUGUCUGAAAUCAGCCUGACUCCUGAGACUGAUGACCGGCUGGAGAAUUCUUCAGUAGCCGGAGACAGCAUCUCUGAACUGGACGGCAGUGAAGGGGGCAUGAAGCUGGAUGGCAACGACAGUGACAGCUCGUCCUACAGCAGCGUCUCCGGCAGAGGCACAUACGGAAUGUUGGGCACAGUGAGCAAGCAGGCGGCCUCCUACCUGGUCAAUGGCCAGGAGAUCAGCUCCGAGGCGAUGGGGCAGUUCCCUUCCAUUAGAGACGUCCUCCAGGCCGCCGCAGCCGAGCAGCACAGCCCAGAACCAGACGUCAAUGGGGAUGUGCAGAGUCGCAGAGAUAGCAUAUCCAGCAGCAUAUCCAUGGAGAGCUCUGUUGCUGGAACCCAUGAUGAAAUGCUACAGGUUCUUAAAGAGAAAAUGAGGCUUGAAGGGCAGCUGGAGGCCUUGUCUUUAGAGGCUAGUCAGGCCCUUAAAGAGAAGACUGAGCUUCAAGCCCAGCUCGCAGCCUUGGACACCAAGCUUCAGGCCCAGGUGGAGCAGAGCCGAAACAGCCAGCAAAAACAGGAUUCAUUGAGUUCGGAAGUGGACACCUUGAAGCAGUCCUGCUGGGAUCUGGAACGGGCAAUGACUGACCUGCAGAACACCCUCGAGGCAAAAAACGCCAGCCUGGCUUCCUCCAACAACGACCUUCAAGUGGCUGAGGAACAGUACCAGAGACUCAUGGGGAAAGUGGAGGACAUGCAGAAAAGCAUCCUCAGCAAGGACAACACAGUGCACGACCUUCGGCAGCAGAUGACGGCUUUACAGAACCAACUACAGCAGGUUCAGCUAGAGCGCAGCACACUGACCAGCAGGCUCCAGGCCUCCCAGAGCGAGAUCACCUCGCUGCAGAAGGUUCGGCAAUGGUACCAGCAGCAGCUGGCCCUGGCCCAGGAGGCUCGGGUCAGGCUGCAGAGUGAGAUGGCCCACAUCCAGGUUGGGCAACUGACCCAGGCAGGUAUUCUCGAGCAUCUUAAACUUGAGAAUGUGUCAUUGUCCCAUCAAUUAACAGAGACUCAGCAGAGAUCCAUCAAGGAAAAGGAACGGAUUGCUGUCCAAUUACAAAACAUAGAGGCGGACAUGCUGGACCAGGAAGCGGCAUUUAUUCAGAUCCAAGAAGCCAAGUCCCUUGUGGAAGAAGACCUGCAGAGGAAGCUGGAGGAGUUUGAGGAUGAGAAGGAGCACUUACAAAAAAUGGCUGAUUCUGCCACAUCCUUGGAGCAGCAACUCCAGCAGGUCAAGCUGACUCUGCAUCAGCGGGACUUGCAGCUGGACGCCCUGCAGCAGGAGCACCUGGACCUCAUGAAGCAGCUGACCCUGAGCCAGGAGACUCUGCACACCCGGGAGCAGGCCCUGGGCGAGCUGCAGACCCGCCAUGAGGAGCUGCAGGCGCGCCUGGAGGAGCUCCAAGGGGACGUGAGCGCCAAAGAGGAGACCCUCCAGUUCCUUCAGAAUGAGAAGAUCGUCCUGGAGGUGGCGCUGCAGGCGGCACGUGCAGGCAAGGAGGAAUUUGACCGCAGUGCCCAGCAGCUGGAGGAGGAUGCGGACGCCACCUCGGAGCUCUUGGAGCAGCUCAGGCAGGAGAUCGCAGUCAAGUGCAGCCAGGUGGAAAACCUGCAACAAGAAAGUAUUGCUCUUAAAAAACAGACUCAGAAAGUGAAGGAACAAUUUCUUCAACAAAAGGUGAUGGUGGAAGCGUACCGGAGGGAUGCAAGUUCCAAGGACCAGCUGAUCAGCGAAUUGAAAGCCACAAAGAAAAGACUGGACUCAGAGAUGAGAAGUCUGAGGCAAGAAUUAAUCAAGCUUCAGGGUGAAAAAAAGUCAGUGGAAAUGGAGCAUUCCAAGUUACAGAAGGAAGUAUCCCAAGUUCAACAACAAAUGACUGACCUCGAAGGACAGCUCCAGCUAGUGCAGAGAGAACGAGAUGAAAUGGAGACACAGUUACAGUCUUUGCAGUUUGACAGAGAACAAAUGGCAUCCCUUACAGAGGUGAAUGAAGUUUUGAAACAACAAGUAGAACAAAUGCAGCUAGAAGCAAGAAAGGCCAUUACAGAACAAAAGCAAAAGAUGAAGCGAUUGGGUUCAGAUCUGACCAGCGCCCAGAAAGAGAUGAAAGCCAAGCACAAAGCCUAUGAGAAUGCAGUGGGCAUCCUGAGCCGCCGCCUCCAGGAAGCCCUCACUGCCAAAGAAUCCUCAGAGGCUGAAUUAACCAAACUCAAAGCCCAGAUCACAGAUGGAGGAAACAGCCAAGCUCAGAAUGAACGAAUCCAAGUCCUGGAGUUGGAGCUACAGACUGUUGGUCACAGUAAGAUGGUACUAGAGAAGGAACUACAAGAAAUCAUCUCCCUGACCAGUCAAGAGUUGGAGGAAUACAGGGAGAAAGUCAUUGAACUGGAGGAUGAGCUCCAAGAAUCCAGAGGCUUUAGGAGAAAGAUAAAACGCCUUGAAGAGUUAAAUAAGAAGUUGGCUCUUGAAUUAGAGCACGAGCGAGGAAAGCUAACAGGUCUUGGACAGUCCAAUGCAGCCUUACGAGAACACAACAGUAUCCUAGAAACUGCAUUAGCCAAGAGGGAGGCAGAUUUGGUACAGCUGAACCUACAGGUGCAAGCAGUCCUACAGCGCAAAGAAGAGGAAGACCAGCAGAUGAAACAACUCGUCCACACCCUGCAGACAGCACUGGAGAAGGAGAAGGCCAAAGUGCGGAGCCUCAAGGAGCAGGUGGCUGCAGCCAAGGUGGAUGCUGGACACAACCGCCGUCACUUCCGAGCUGCAGCCUUGGAGCUGAGUGAGGUGAAGAAGGAGCUCCAGGCCAAGGAGCAGCUCGUGCAGAAGCUCCAGGCAGAAGCCGACAGCCUGCAGGCACAGGAGGGAAAACAUUGCCAAGAAGUGUCCCAGUUCCAGCAAGAGUUGGCAGAAGCUCGGGCUCAGCUGCAGCUUCUACAGAAGCAGCUGGACACACAACUGGAGAAGCAGCCUGUUGAAAACCAAGAGGUUGAAGAUCUCAAAUGGGAGAUAAGUCAAAAAGAGAGAGAAAUCCAGAGCUUGAAGCAGCAGUUGGACUUGAGUGAACAGCACAGUCAGAAGGAGUUGGAAGGAAUCCAGCUGGCACUGCAGAAUAUUAAAACAGAGCUGGACAUGGCACGGGAAGAUCUUUCAUUGACCCAGAAAGAUAAAUUCACCCUUCAGGCUAAGGUGACAGAACUGAAGAACAGCAUGAAGACACUGCUCCAGCAAAACCAGCAGCUGAAACUAGACCUGAAGCACGGCAAGAUGAGGAAGAGGAAAGAACUGAAAGGAGAGACCAAUUCCAACCCCGUGACUCCUGUAAAAAUUCCAGACUGCCCUGUCCCUGCCUCCCUCCUUGAAGAGCUUCUCAGACCCCCACCAACUGUGAGCAAAGAGCCGCUCAAGAAUCUCAACAGCUGCCUCCAGCAACUGAAGCAAGAAAUGGAUAGUCUUCAGCGCCAAAUGGAAGAACACACAAUCACGGUACAUGAAUCGAUGUCUUCAUGGACUCAGAUGGAGGGCCACUUAAUAGACCUGGCAGUGACUUGCCCUCCUGCUGCCUCUCGGGACCUCGAAAACUCGGGCCAUGACCAAGAGGAACAGAACCACCCCGCCCACACCCAGCGAGUGCUGGAGCAGUGAUCCCAGGCUGCCCUUGGCUCCCUUCUUGUCUCUGAGUGGGGGAAGGACUCUUGUUGGAUUACCCUUAUUUAUUUGACCGUUACUUGAUGUUUUUUGUGAGUUGCAGUUUUGAGUUCUCCUUCUGCCUAUGAGGGUACAGGAGCAUGAGGGCAGAGUACAGAGGUCAGUCCUGAUUACAACCCCACUCCUACCAAAGUAACUCCGACUCUGAGGGGGUCUUGCCUCUGAUAUUUCUUUACAGGAGUCUAGGUCCAUCUUGAGGAAUGCAAGGUCAGGGCAGAAUUCUGAGAGAUCCUCUUGGGUAACCCUCUUGAAAAAGAAAUGUCAGAAUUGUUGUCAUCAGUGGAGACAUCUGGCCUAGAGGAUGCUCGCCCCCUGCCUCCUUUUCCUUCUCAGCUCUGUGGGAAGCUUUAUUUCCCUGCAGAGAAGAAAACACUUAUUUUGCACCUUUUACUUUAUUUUUCAAAUACGUUCAUCCUAUAGUUGGAUGUCUAUAAAUAGCAAAAGUCAUAUAAUUAUUACAAAAUCCCUUUUAUAAUUUAAAAAUUACUUGGAAUGUCUUUUUUGUUCUGUCUCUCUCAUUGCCAUGUUUGUCUGCUAUUAGAAAAUCUUGUACAUAGAGUAUUUAGGGAAGCUUACCAGUACAGGUAAGGCUUUUAGAGAAAUAAUUAUUUUAUUUUCACUACCUUUCAAACACAAAAAAUGCCUAUAUGAAAGGGUUUGGGAUUUGUUUUGUUUUUUCAUCAACUUUCUUUCUUGGCUAUUUGCAAAGCGCACAGAGCUUCAUUCUCAGUGGGAGCAUUGGCACAGAUGCAGCCCACCUUGGCCGAAGCACCACAGUUCCUAACGGGGCAGGGGAGCCCCGGUCACCAGCAGAUCCUGAAGGACUCUGAGGAUGAGGGAGUGCAUAAGAGGAAAGGAGAGGCGAGCAAAGGCUGGCAAUGAGUGCGCUGAGGUUUAGACCUCAGACUGAAAGCCAGUACAGCCAUUGAGAGAAACACCCUUCCUGCAGGCUGGACUUUAUGAGCAUGUUAGUUCCAAAAUUUGUAGAAAAAGGCUCCUUUCAGUCUUUUUCUGUGCAGGAAGCAGUGUUUCCAGUGCAGAUGAGUGAAAGAAAGUAAGGCACCAGGAUCAGGGCAGCUUCUGAUCCUCUUCUCUCUCCUGAUUGCUCAUGAAACCUAGAAUUCCUUGAUUUGCAAAUCAGGCACUGGGGAUGGGCCACACUUCACCCCCCUCACGUCAUUCCACUCAAACUGAACACCAUCAGAAGGAUGCAUCUGGAGGCUAGCAGUUUAUGAGCUUUGCGUUUUGUUUUGUCUUAUUCGCAAAGAAAAAUCUAGAAAAAAAUCUUGUAGUAAGUAGUGGGAGAUUUUUGUGUUUGUAAGCUUUAGGGGAGGGAGGGAAUAAUCUGUAAAUGGCGCUCUCAGGUGCCCAUUAUGCGAAGUAACUGGCCUGAAAAUGAUGUUAUGAAGUGUUACUGAUCAGUCCAGCUAUGCUCAUGUUUACGCUAUAUAUGACAGAAGCUUAAUUACUCUCAUGAAGAAAACAGUAUGGGAUUCUUCAGCCGUUUGUGUUCUUAAAACUGCCUCUUGAACUAUGUGGCAAGAGGAAAUAAAAAUAUCCUAUCGUUAGUUGAUAAGGUUAAAAUAACAUUAAUGUUAAAUACACUUAGAGACGUUAAAAAAAAUACUCCCAUCAAGUGUUGCCAUUUCUAAAGAAUUGUCAUUUGUGCAAAGGUGAUCCUUGCUGCUAGCCUGGAAAAUCAUCCUUCCCAACAGAUGCGAGCCCAGCGGCUCCCUUGCUAGUCUCCCACGACUCAGCCUUUUACACAUGUCUCUCCCCCAGACCGUGUGGGGGUUGCUCCCUCUGGCAAGGCAUGCUCAGGGUUCACUUUUCACAAAGGAAGAGAAGCUUGGUUACUUGUGUUGGUCAGGUGAAGUCAAACUUUUUUUUCCUGCAUUUUCCCUUUUUCUGCUCUUGGUUACUUCUCGCAUUCAUUCCUUUCUCACUCCCUCCCACUCCCGCCCUAAGAAACAGGGUAAUUUACUUGACUCUCUGCUCGUCCCAAAGCCCCAGCCAGUCCCCUCCCUUCUGGCUACAGGAGAAUUCAGAGUCGAGUGUUUUCCCUCUGAACAGGAUUCUCUGGGCUCAGGGCCUGCUGCUGGAGUGGGGAGGGGGCGGUCGGGGGAGCUCAGGAUUGUGCUUGAUUCCCUCUGUUUCCUACCCUUCCAGCUGCCGGAUGUCAGCCCUUGUCCCCCUUUCCCUUUCUCCCCCAGUACCUGGGAUGUCCCAGGUUGGGGAAAUACGUCUGAGGUCUCUCAAUGUUCCCUGCCAUUAUGUUUCCCCAAAAAGUCACUUUACAGAGGAAAAUUGGUGCCUCCAUAACACGGGAGAUAAUCUCCAAGUUGCCUACUUUGGAGUUGCGCGGGGGUCUCUUUGUUGCGAGGGACUCUGCUUCCUGUCGCUGUCUCACUGUCCUACCUCCCCCAGCCAGGGUCUAGGGAAGAAAGGUCGCUGUCAUCCGCUCUUUCUUCAGAACCGUAGUUUCAAAAUUGACUCAUGAGUCCACAUGUGGAAAGAGCAGGGAUGAUUCCUUUAUAAAGCAGAGACUCCACUGGCAGCGUUCUUGUCGACAUCUGUAAUAAAUGUGGUGUCUGGUGCCGAAGGGAAAGUUCAUACUCCAUGGAGUCGUUACUGAGUCUUCUAGUUUAUUCCCAGAUGUUUUGUGCAACCUGGUUGUCGUUAUACCUUCUUUGGUACGCAACAUCUCCAAGAAAUACUGUGGAUCUUAUAGAUUCAUGAAACUUUUCUUCCCUCUGGAGGAUGUGACAGCUGAUUUUUAUCUUGCCAUAGGAUGCAAAAGUGGCUGUUACUAUGAUUGGUAUAGAUUAGGUCCAAAUUGUAAAGAGGUCCCCAAGAGAGGUGCCCCAAGGUGCAUGUUGAGCGGUAUGAUUGGGCAGUGCUUCAUGAAGUUUGCCAUGUUGUUCAGCUGACAGUAUCCAUUUUCUGUACAGGUGAAGUUUCCCUGUAUAAGAAUUAGCAAUUCAAAUGGUAGACCUAUAGAGCUGGUGUGGGUAUGUGUGGACAUUGUGAGUGCUAAAAAAAAAAAAAAUGUCUUGGAUGGAUGUCAUGGAAAGAAACCAUCUGGUUUUUAAAAAGAGAUGCCCUGGAGCCUCACUUUAACAACUCAUGUGGCAGAAAAAUGGGUGUAGACCCAAAGGUCUCAUGCCUUCCUUAUCCAAGGCAAGUUUGUGAGUGGAGGUAUCAGAAGCACUGUGUUAUAUACCAUAAUCUCACCUCAACUAUGGUCCCCACAGUAGGGGCCCAAAGAUAGUGUGGGAGGCUCUAGAAUUUUGAAUGGUUUUCAGUUAUCUAAUCAGAUAUUCAUUAGCUAAUCAAAAUAAGAUUCACAUACAUGCAAAAAAAAUUAUUCAUGCAUACAAAUUUGUUCAUCAGGUUGGGGCUCUUUUUUGGUGGAGUAAUUUGAGGAAAAUGACACCAUGUACAAUGAACGAUUAUCUUAUACAGCAUGUUAAUUAAAAAAGGUUUAAGUGUGCAUAGGAAUUCCUAAGUUUUGUGCAAUAAACUAUUUUUGGUAAAGGGUUUCAUAUUUAUUUGGGGGGGAUGCAUUAUAAUAUUUAAUACAAGUUGUCUCUUAUUGAGGUGUAUGUUUUCCCCCACUCAAAAAAUUGUUAAAUGCUCUAUGGAAAUUCAUUGAUUUCAAUAACAAAUUGCUGUCACUCUAUCAGUUUUCAAAA